AUGCUGACAACAUCAACAAUCUAUGAUGUUGGUAAUGGUGGCACUAGUAAUGAUCCACCUUGUUCAUCAUAUACAGUUGUUAACGAUCCUUUGCGCAGUAUAGCUACAUCUGGAAUAGGUGGUUCAUGUGAUAAUGGUCCCUUAUUUAAUACAAGUAUUGGUGGCAGAUGGAUUCGAUUUAUCGGUACAGGAGGUACUACCAUACCUCUGACACCACCAGGAAUAUAUCAUUGUGGUGCUUUUCUAGCAGGAUGGUAUAAUGGAACAUCAUCAUCAAUAGAACGUCGAAAAUGGAAUUCAUCAAUUCUUAAUAGUCAACGUUAG